UCAGCCCGCGUUUGUUCUUUAGCGCGUCGCUGAAACGCUGAAGACAGCUUGAUAAUGGGUCUCCACUCAGCUGUUGUCUGCCUUUAUAAAUGUGCGGGGGAAGAUGAAUGAGAUUCUUUAUUCAUGAAGACAUAUCUCCUAUGAAGAACAAAAAUGAAGAACAAAGAAGAUUUAACUGAAGAAUGCAGCCAUAUGGGACGAGGAGACCAGUAUUACCCAGUGAAGAGGGAACAAGGAGCAAAGGGCAGAAGGGGAAACAGAUGCAGUUGCUGGAGUGGGAGCCCUGUUCCAUGUGCAUCCAGAUACUGAGGAGAGAGCGCACAAGGACAUUAAGGAGGAAGUGUGUCGCUGAUAAAGGAGAGGGGAUAACUUAAUACAAGGGACUGAGAGGGAGACUGUGGCGAUGGCUGAAGCACCUCAGCAGCAGCAGCAGCAGCAACAGGAGGAGGAACAGGAGCGUCUGCCAAGCCCUGUGAAGACAACGGAGCCUGAUGGAGAAACGGAGGAACCGAAGGAAGCCGUAAAGGCAGCUCGACCUCUGUUGUCCAUGAGGUCUAUGAGCAGCGUGGACCCAGAAGAUGACACCCCCAACAUGAUUGUUUACAGAAAGAUUGAAGACAUUGUCACUCGUAUUCAGGAUGAGACAGAAGGUGUUCCCAUCAGAACUGUCAAAAGUUUCAUGACCAAAAUCCCCAGUGUGGUCACAGGUGCAGAUAUUGUCCAGUGGCUGAUGAAGAACCUGUUCAUAGAAGAUCCAGCUGAGGCUAUGCACAUCGGGAGUCUCAUUGCAGCUCAGGGAUACUUCUUCCCUAUAUCAGAUCAUGUCCUCUCCCUUAAAGACGAUGGCACGUUCUACCGCUUUCAGGCACCAUAUUUCUGGCCGUCCAACUGUUGGGAGCCAGAGAACACAGAUUAUGCUAUCUACCUGUGCAAACGGACCAUGCAGAAUAAGACGAGGCUGGAACUGACGGAUUAUGAGGCGGAGAACUUAGCCAGGCUACAGAGAGCCUUUGCAAGGAAGUGGGAGUUUAUUUACAUGCAGGCUGAGGCUCAGGUCAGGAUCGACAGGAAAAAGGAUAAAAUUGAGAGAAAGAUCCUCGACAGCCAGGAGAGAGCCUUCUGGGACGUCCACAGACCUGUGCCUGGGUGUGUAAACACUACAGAGAUGGACAUCAGGAAAUGUCGACGCAUGAAAAAUCUUCACCGAGUUAAGAAGUCAGUGUACGGUUUGGUAGAGGAAGGAACACAGUCUCACAGUCCCAUACAGACUCCCUCGCACCUCUGCAGGAAAGGCACCAAAGAGGAUGUGGAGAAAGAGAUCUCAUUCCUGAAAACACAGCUAGAUCGCCACUGUAUGAAGAUGUCCAAAGUCGCUGACAGCUUGAUAACCUAUACUGAGCAAUAUGUGGAUUAUGACCCGUUUUUGACGGCACCGGAACCGUCCAAUCCCUGGACCAGUGAUGACCCGACCUUCUGGGAUCUGGAGGCCAGUAAAGAGCCCAGUCAGCAGCGGGUGAAGAAGUGGGGUUUCUCUCUGGAGGAGGCUCUGAAGGACCCAGCAGGACGGGAGCUCUUCCUCAAGUUUGUGGAGUCCGAGUUCAGCUCAGAAAACCUCAGGUUCUGGCUCGCGGUGCAGGACCUGAAGAGGAUACCCCAGCAAGAGGUUGCUCAGAGGGCGCACGACAUCUGGGCAGAGUUCCUGGCCGAGGGAGCACCCAGCUCCAUCAACCUGGACUCACACAGCUACGAACGCACCAACCAAAACCUGAAAGACCCUGGACGAUACAGCUUUGAAGAUGCACAGGACCACAUUUACAAGCUGAUGAAAAGUGACAGCUAUUCGCGUUUCCUGCGCUCCAAUGUCUACCAGGACCUGCUGAUGGCAAGAAAGAAACCUGAGACGGAGCAGGGCCGGCGCACCUCCCUGGAGAAGUUCACUCGCAGCGUGGGCAAGUCGCUGACGGGCAAACGCCUCACGGGCCUCAUGCAGUCCUCCUGACAGGGCGCGGGUGGGGAGUAAGAGCAGCCGUGCCCAGAGGAGAGGCUUCCUCAUGGAAGCCAGUGUGGCUGUGGGAGGCGGAUGAGGGACUGGAACACCACCACAUCUGCACCUCAGCUCGGAAGAAAUACAGAAAUACAGAGGGCGGACAGCAUGCAAUAACUCUCUAGACUUGACAUCAGGUCGGCGCUGUCACAAUGCCACUCUUCUGCGGAGGUUUUCAUUCAGACACCUGGACCGGACGAAGUCUAACUUCCGUCUCCUGUCUACACUCAUGUAAAUAUUGUAGCUGAAGGGGCUUUUGCUUUACUUUCACUAAUAUAAACAUGGAAUGCUUGAAUGCCUUGACUGAUGACUAAAUCAGACUUAGACUAAAUGCUGUAGCUAGCUGUUUUAUCCCUCAUCACUCACUAGGAUGAAUAAAAGGGAAAAGAGGGACGCGGGGGCGACUACAUUCAACACUCAAACUGAUAGCAGACAGGUGGACUAGUACACCCGUCUUUUUGUAAACAAGCUUUUAGAUCAACUUAACACAAGUUAUCCCUCUGUAUGUGCAAUACCUCCCGUUGUGUUCUUCUUUUAUUUAUGUGCACAGGUGUUUGAAAAAGCUCUGUAGCUGCUACGCUUGUCAGCGAGUACCGUAGAAAGUUGUUCAGAUAAGAACGAAAAGCACAAACUGAAUUAACCACAGCUCAAAAUUCAAGCAAGGAACCUUUAAAUAGUAUCCAGGAAAAAAGAUAGACGUGAUUUCGAUUAUAUAUCGGUCGUUUCAAGUGCUUUCCGCACAUGUAGUCUCGCCAUGACUUGCUUUCUCUUACACUUUUGUGCAGGUCUGGAAUAAAGGGAAUAGGUGUAGUGGCAUGCCAGCGUUUAAACGUGGGUAAAAUAAGAGAUCAUUCACAAAAGGCUUGAAGUAAAAAAUGGAAACGGCCAGAUUGCUUCAUUAGAUUCAAUAGCAGUUUUGGGAAACAAACAAAAGGAAAAUGGCCAAAAUAUGUUGGAAAACCAUCAAAGUUUGUUGCUUUGCAACGAUUCUUUGCUGUAACGGCUUGUUUGGGAGUUUUUCACCCGUCCCUCAGUGAAAUGUUCCCCUGCGCCUCUGGCUGCACUACAAGAUCACAGGAAGGUCUACCACGCCAGAGUCGUAAACCCUCCUGAAGGUCUUUUGCAGUCAAACUGAGGUUUGGAUUUACCACCCUCGUAAUCCAAUCAGAGUAUUUUCUUGGUAUCCAGACCUCAACUCUCCCUGACAGCUUCUAUGUGGUAAUUUGAUUAUGAACUGAGCAAACUAAGCUCUUUAAGGGAGACAUGUUUUAAACAGUUCCUGCAAAGCUUUAAUGUCGUACAGGGUCAUAGGAUAAAUAAGUUCAUUUCAGUUCAGGAGCUUGAACUGAACUAUGAAUUAAAAUAUCUAAGUUUGAAAGCCUUCUUUCUUUUUUAAUCUUUCGUUAAAAACGAAAAUAACAGUGGAUUUGCUUAUGGAAAAUAAAAUGCUUGACUCUUGGAAAUAAGUUAAUCUUCUACUCACUAAAGGUCUUUAUCCUCAACAUGUCACAAAAAGCUCAAUUUUUAAAGCAAAAACCAGACCUCUUUUCAUUCACAGAUCAAUUACCUGUGCAUUUAAAAACAAUCUCAAGACUCAGAAAUGAAAACGCCACAUAAAAAUGUAUGUCACUUGAAAAGAAAGGAGAAAAAAAGAGCAGUGUUUCUGCAAACCAGUGAAAGGUUGAGCGUUUGGCUUUAUUCUGUCUUCUAAACAUUCCACGUCAGGCAGCCACAGUGAGGUAUCGUGAGCUGCUUUCUUACCAUUUAUUCAGCCUGUGUACAGAGGAUCAUCAUAAUAAAAGACGAAUG